ACCGAAGAAUAAUGCUUACUGGAAUCUUUAUCUGUUACUCCGUUCAGUAUGUGACAUAAUUCUUGCACCAGUCAUAGGAAAAAGCUGGUUGAGUCAUCUAAGAGGUCUCAUUACAGACUUUCUUUCAAAUUUUCAGAAACUUUUUCCAGAAAGUUUUACACCAAAGAUUCAUUUUUUGGUGCAUUAUCCUCGCUUGAUUGAACAUUUUGGACCAUUAAGAGCACACUGGUGCCUAAGAUAUGAAGCCAAACAUCUCUAUUUCAAAAGACUUUCAUCUGUGGUCAACAACUAUCAAAACAUAACGAAAACCCUUGCAAAACGAUAUCAGAUGAGACAGUGUUGGGAAGCCCAGUCUAACUGCACUCCUAAUUCUGAAGCAAUUCCAGGCUCUGUGAUAGAACUUCCUCUACCUCUAUGCACACUCCCACUGGGACUCAGGGAAGUUAUUGAAGAAAAAAAUAAUGUUGAGCUUGAAUCAGUUUGGGAAACUAAGCAUCUGGAGCAUGAUAGGGUUGGCUACAAAGUUGGUGAUUAUUUCAUUUUUGAUUUGGUACAUGCUUGAGGAAAUCCCAGUUUUUCUAAAGCUCAUUCACAUCCUGAAAAUCCAGGAAGAGUGGAAACUCUGUGGCAGGAUUUUCCUGAGUAAUUCCUUUUCUGAGCAUUUGCAUGCUUAUAAUGUAAAAUCAACUGCUUACUGGAUCAUGCUUAAUCCUGGUGAUGAAGUAGACUACCAUGCACUUGACUGCUACUCAGACAUGAAGGAUAAUCUGUACAUCUCACUACAACAUCGUCCUGUGAGAAAACAUUCUAUAGUUAUUUUAUUUAUUUUGCCUAAGUCACUGAUUCUCAAUAUUCCAACUGUUUUUUUUCUGUCUCUUCAGAGCAUGAGAUUGAUGGCCCAACUUUAGAAGUAAUCACAGAACGAAUGGCAGAGCGACUAAUACCUUUUAUCAAAAAGCAGACAAUUUUUAUGAACCUGCUUGAUAAACUUAAAGAGAAAACCCACACAAGGGUAAGUUUCUAUUUUGAGUGGAAACAAGUAGCAAAUCCCUCACUAGAGAGAAGAGACCCUGUUCUCAGAUGUCCCAAAAAGUCUAAACUGAGAACAGUUCUAAUUCAGAGUCUUUUUGAACACCUCAGCGUUAGAACAAUGUAUCCAUCCCAUCAACAGUAUGUCGAAUCAUUGUCUGCUUUGAUAACAGCAUUUCCCUGCCUUAAAGAAAACUUUGGAUCGGGUUAUGAUGGCCUGCUUGAGUCCUUAAAAAAUAAAUUUAAAAAGGAGAGACUUCCACUUAUCUAUAAUGAGGAAGUAGAGAAAAUGAAAGCGAAGUUUGGAGUUCCAGGCUGUGGUAGAAAACGUGCACCGGAGACAGUUUCUUGCCACACAAUUACAAGGCGGCGAACAGAAGAAGAGUAUGACGCAGAAAAUGAAAUGAAUAUCAUGCAAGAUGUUAAUGCCAUGGCAGAGGAAAUUCAGAAGUCUCGGCCUGACAUGGCACUGCUAGAAAAGAUGCUUCUGAGUACAAAAGCCUAUAGAAGAACAUACAUAACAUCUCACUCCACUAGAGACAUACUUCAAGAAUUUCCUUGUCUGAAAAUGCCCAGAAUGCUUCUUCUAGAGAUGAAGGACAUUUCAAGAGUGGAUGUGGAUAAACAAGUCACAACAGUUCUGAACAAAAUGGCUCCUGCAAUACUUGAGAAGCUCCCCCUGUUGGCUACACACUCCGAAUUGGCCAAGCAGUGCAAUGAGAAAAUUAUGGACUAUAAUGAGGGACCAGUGAAAAGAGGUUUGCAGUUGGAAGCAGCAGUACUAUGCAUUCCGGGUCUGUUCAAUGAGGACUCUUCUUUUUUGUUCUCCACUAAGCAAACUGACAAUGUAACACCCUACAUCCUGAUCAGCUGCAGAGAGGGACAACCACUGAGUCACACAUCUAUCAAAAUAGUGAUGGACAGCGAAACCAUCGUAGAAGAUUGUGCGGACAUAUCAUUAGCACUUAGCCUUCUCUUUUGUACAUAUUUUGUCUUUGGAAUAGAGUACCCAGAAAGACUAUGCUUUUCCUUGAGGGAUUUGUCUUUAAGAUGAAGGAAGAGAAAACUCUUCCUAUGUCAGUGAAGAGGGUCUUUAACUUUCUCUGCCAGUCUUAAAUAAGGGCAUGCAUUUUUGUGUUUGUUCAUAAAUUUUCAAGUUGGGCUCUGUUCACUCAAACAGUUGUUAUUGUUUAUAUAUAUAUAUCAGUUACGCACGCACACACUCACAAAGAUUACAUAAACAACCAUUUAAAGAGAGUGUAUAACAUUGCUAGCCAUAUAUUUGUGCACCUAUAAAAUGAUUAACAAGUAACUGAUUAGUUAUGUAGUUGGAAAUCAAUUGAAGUGAUUUUAAAAAUGUAUUUAUCUGACCUGUUCACUUGAGCAAUUGUAGUGAUAUGGUUAAAAUGUAAAAUAAUAUGGUAAAGGGUAAAAGUGAUAUUGUUUAAAAAAAAAA